GCGGCGGCCGAACAAUGAAGCUCCUGAAGCCGACCUGGGUCAACCACAAUGGCAAGCCAAUUUUUUCAGUUGAUAUUCACCCUGACGGGACCAAGUUCGCAACUGGAGGACAAGGACAGGAUUCUGGGAAGGUUGUAAUCUGGAAUAUGUCUCCAGUCCUCCAGGAGGAUGAUGAGAAGGAUGAAAAUGUCCCCAAGAUGCUUUGCCAGAUGGACAAUCACUUAGCAUGUGUGAACUGCGUGCGGUGGUCAAACAGUGGGAUGUAUUUAGCUUCUGGGGGAGAUGACAAACUGAUAAUGGUGUGGAAGCGGGCUACGUACAUCGGCCCCGGCACCGUGCUCGGCUCCAGUGGCAAGCUUGCCAACGUGGAGCAGUGGCGAUGUGUCUCCAUCCUGCGGAGUCACUCAGGCGAUGUGAUGGACGUAGCGUGGUCCCCCCAUGACGCCUGGCUGGCCUCGUGCAGCGUGGACAACACCGUGGUCAUCUGGAACACAGCGAAGUUCCCAGAAAUCCUAGCUACUCUGAGAGGCCAUUCUGGCCUGGUGAAGGGCCUGACUUGGGACCCUGUUGGUAAAUACAUUGCCUCUCAAGCCGACGACCGCAGCCUGAAGGUGUGGAGGACGCUGGACUGGCAGUUAGAGACCAGCAUCACCAAGCCUUUUGAUGAGUGUGGAGGGACGACCCACGUGUUGCGGCUCAGUUGGUCCCCUGACGGGCACUACCUCGUGUCCGCCCACGCCAUGAACAACUCCGGCCCCACUGCCCAGAUCAUCGAACGGGAGGGCUGGAAGACCAACAUGGACUUUGUCGGGCACCGGAAAGCUGUGACUGUCGUGAAAUUCAACCCAAAAAUCUUCAAGAAGAAGCAGAAGAACGGGAGCUCUGCGAAACCCAGUUGCCCGUACUGCUGCUGUGCUGUCGGCAGCAAGGACCGCUCGCUCUCUGUCUGGCUCACGUGUCUAAAACGGCCUUUGGUUGUCAUCCAUGAGCUGUUUGACAAAUCAAUCAUGGACAUUUCCUGGACUCUGAACGGGCUGGGCAUCCUGGUGUGCUCCAUGGACGGCUCUGUGGCGUUGCUGGAUUUCUCCCAGGACGAGCUCGGAGACCCCCUGAGCGAGGAGGAGAAGAGCCGCAUCCAUCAGUCCACCUACGGCAAGAGUUUGGCCAUCAUGACCGAGACCCAGCUCUCCACCGCCGUCAUCGAGAACCCCGAGAUUCUCAAGUACCAGCGGAGGCAGCAGCAGCAGCAGCAGCUGGACCAGAAGGGCUCUGCGGCCAGAGAGACAGGCUCCGCUACCUCGGUCACUGGCGUCGUCAACGGGGAGAGUCUGGAGGACAUCAGGAAGAAUCUUUUAAAGAAACAAGCUGAGACUCGGACAGCAGAUGGUCGGAGGAGAAUCACGCCUCUCUGCAUAGCACAGCUGGACACUGGGGACUUCUCCACGGCCUUCUCCAACAGCAUCCCGCUCUCGGGUUCCCUGGCGGGCACCAUGCUCACCUCUCACAGCAGCCCGCAGCUGCUGCCGCUGGACUCCAGCACCCCCGUCCCCUUCGGCACCUCGAAGCCUUCCACAGAGCCUGUGGCGGCGACCGGCACCAGGCCUGUGGGCGAUUCUGUCAGUAAGGACAGCGUGAAUGCGGCCGCUGCUCCCGCUGCACCCUCCCCCAUCCUGACAACCCCGUCCAAGAUCGAACCUAUGACAGCGUUCGACUCCCGAUUCACGGAGCGCUCCAAAGCCACGCCGGGGGCUCCUGCCUUGGCCGGUUUGACCCCGACGGCUAUGGAAAGGUUGAAAGAGCAGAGCCUUGUGAAGGAGCUGCGGCCCCGGGAUGUCCUGGAGAGGAGGGCUAAGCCCUCCUCGCUCUCCAAGCGGAAGCUGGAGCUUGAGGUGGAAACGGUGGAGAAGAAGAAGAAACGGCGGCCUCGGAAGGACUCGCGGCUCAUGCCCACGUCCCUGUCUGUGCAGUCCCCAGCUGCCCUGACCGCAGAGAAGGACGCCGUGUGUUUGUCCGUCCCAGCAGCUGCGCUGAAGCUGCCCAUGCCGGGCCCCCAGAGAGCCUUCACCCUGCAGGUGAGCUCUGACCCCUCCAUGUACAUAGAGGUGGAGAACGAGGUGACGGCCGUUGGGGGCAUAAAGCUGAGCCGCCUGAAGUGCAGCCGGGAAGGGAAGCAGUGGGAGACGGUGCUCACCAGCCGGAUCCUCACCGCUGCCGGCAGCUGUGACGUGGUGUGUGUCGCCUGUGAAAAGCGGAUGCUGUCCGUGUUCUCCACCUGUGGUCGCCGCCUCCUCCCUCCCAUUCUGCUGCCAUCCCCGAUCUCCACCCUGCACUGUACCGGCUCCUACGUCAUGGCCCUCACCGUCACAGCCACGCUGUCUGUCUGGGAUGUACACAGGCAGAUAGUGGUGGUGAAGGAAAAGUCCCUACACUCCAUCUUGGCAGGAAGUGACAUGACAGUGUCACAGAUCUUGCUGACGCAGCAUGGAAUCCCCGUGAUUAACCUGUCGGACGGGAAGGCCUACUGCUUCAACCCAUCACUGUCUGCGUGGAACCUGGUUUCUGACAAGCAGGACGCCCUGGCCCAGUGUGCAGACUUCAGGAGCAGCCUGCCACCCCAGGACGCCAUGCUGUGCUCGGGACCCUUAGCCAUAGUCCAGGGCCGCGCCUCCACCUCGGGGAGGCAGGCAGCCCGGCUCUUCUCCGUGCCUCACAUGGUGCAGCAGGAGGCCACCCUGGCCUACCUGGAGAGCCAGGUCGCCGCAGCGCUCACCCUGCGCUCCAGCCACGAGUACCGCCACUGGCUCCUCCUCUACGUGCGAUACCUCGUGAAUGAAGGGUUUGAAUACCGACUCCGAGAAAUAUGCAAGGACUUACUGGGGCCCGUUCACUCCUCCACUGGAAGCCAAUGGGAGUCAACAGUAGUGGGUCUGCGGAAGAGGAACCUGCUGAAGGAGCUGCUGCCAGUCAUCGGGCAGAACCUCCGCUUCCAGCGCCUCUUCACCGAGUUUCAGGAACAGCUCGACAUCUUGAGGGACAAGUAGCCUGCCCAGCCGCAGCAAGGGCAGGGCCACACUCUCGCCGCUGAGACACGCAGGUCGGCCUCUUAUCUCGCUGGGCUACAGGAUGAGGAGACACUGGCAGGAGGUGGGCUGUCCUGCACCAGUACGGGCCCAGCCCCUGGGCACACUUCCCCUGUGUCCUGGGCCUGUUUCUCCCUCAGGGGGAGCGGCUCUGCCUGCAACUCCUUCCUCCCUCCAGGACCCCGGUGCGGAGCCGGGGCUCUGCCCAGCUGCCCCGGGGCCAGUGAGGCAGCCCAGGCCUGCCGUCUCCAGCACGGUCCCCAGGUGGACACUAGCCCUGCUACUAUAGGCGCCGUGCUGCUCCAGCUAUGACGAAUGAGCCA